AUUUAAUUGUCUAUGGUUAUUGUUUUAUGUUUUAUUUGUUUUUCUAAUAAAUUUCUAAUUUUAUGAGUGCUUUACUACAUUUUUCUCACUUACAAUGUACAAGAAAUACAAAUGAGAAGUAGUCAUGUAGUUUUCACGUGUUGUUCUUCUGUUGUUUUUGUGCUAUUGUGCUAAGAAAAGACUUUAAAGAUGGUAAAUAAGGAAGGCAUAAUGAAUAAUCUCCUUUGCACAGCCUGUUUGUGUAUAGGCAGGACUAUUAAAGAAAUCUAUGAGGAAGAGCAUAAGAAGUUCUAUUUUGAAGUCUUGAAAGAACUCCCUAUAAACAACUCGGAUAUAGUGCCCAGGGUAUGCUGGGAGUGUAAAGCCAUGCUGGAGAAAGUGCUAUCUUUCCGAGAGCAAGUUAAAGACUGCUACAGGAUACUGAGGACUUAUAUAGAUAGUGUACACGACAGCUCCCUACUGGAUAUAUCCAGAGCGCCGCGGUUGAAGGUCCACUCCAAUGAUGCUGUGAUCAUCACACCUCGUGAUAGUCUCCUUGUCAAGCUUGAGGAUAAUGACAAGUGUAAGGAGCUGUCAAAAAGUGACACUGCUGACAACGGCCCCACCGAGGACAUACAGACGGUGCUCUGUGACGUCAAAAAGAGAGAAGGAGAAAAAAGCCGCUCCAAACACAAAAUUAUAAAACAAUACAUUCGACAUCGAGUCAAAACAAAACGAACCAAGACCUUAAAAACUAGUAAAGUGAAAUCUAAACGCACAUUGAAAACGAACGUCGAUCCCGUCGCUGUCAAUGAGGCAUGUCAAACUGACGUCAAAGUUGACACCAGUGUCAAAACCAGUGACGUCAAACUGGAGGACCUUAACAAUGGCAAUGUAAAUGAGGACUGUCAAAUGGACGUCAAAGUGGAGGUUGACACUCAUGUCAAAAUCGAUGACGUCAAAUCGGAGAUCAAUAACGAUGUUGACGAGGAUGCUAUGUCAAAUGAGGGUAGUCUGAAAUCUUUCAACUCUGACUCUGAUAGUGACGAUGACUCGGAUAGAGACAUUGACGCGAAAAUACAAAACUUUUUGGACGAUAUCAAAAAAAAUAAACACAAAUCCACAAAAAUAAAAAAGAAACGGAAAACUGAGAAAAAGGUGUCAAAAUACGACAACAUACUAACAGUGGAUCUCUCCUACGACGAGAUGCAAACGGAGAGAUCUCUCCGCGCUCUCUGUGAGAGUUUCACCCAGGCGCCACACAAGUGCUCGACUUGUUUGCUCGUCUUCAACUGCGCCUCUUCUCUCGACACUCACCAUGAGAAGAAACACAAGGCACCUGGUGAUUACAUUUGCUCCAUAUGCCGAACCAUAGUGUCUUCCGUCGAAGCCUUCACUGCACAUUAUAAAAGACACAUGAAAAGGUAUGAAUGUGCGCUCUGUCACAAGCGAGCGACAGACAUCAAGUCCAUACAGCAGCAUCUGCACACGCGGCACCAGAUCACUCUCAGGAAGUACACGUGCAAGUUGUGCGGCAAAGUGUCCAAGUCCGUAGACACGCACCGUUACCACUGCGACAUGCACAAGUCGCGCGUGCAGUGUCCGCAGUGCGACAAGACCUUCAGCCACCGCGCGGGGCUCAUGAACCACCGGCUCGCCGUCCACGAGGCGCAGAACCAGUUCCCUUGCACGCUCUGUGACAAAGUCUUCCGGUGGAAGACCAGCCUGAAGCGACAUCUGGAGAAACACAAGAACGAGGAGAGCAGCACAGUCCCCACUAACAAGGCGUACUGCGAAUCGUGCGACAUCGGCUUCUCGUCUGUCUGUUCGUUGCAGCGACAUCUCAGAAACAGCCUCAAACAUGUUACAUACGACCAACUCAAAUUCAUAUGCGACCACUGUGACCAGAGAUAUGUAGACAAGACCAAACUGCGCGAUCAUAUAGAGGAGAAACAUUUGUACAGAACCUUCCAGUGCCACAUCUGUCACAAGCCGUCUAAGAACCGCGUCGGGCUGGAGCAGCACGUGCGCACCGUUCACACCGGGCGACCCAACAACCGGAUAUGCCACCAUUGCGGGAAAGGAUUUCCGACCAACCUGCAGCUAGAGUCUCACAUCCGUACGCACACCGGCGAGAGGCCGUUCAUGUGCGAGUACUGUCCCGCCACAUUCUCGCAGCAGUCCAACCUCUACAAGCACCAUAGACAAGUACAUUUAAACAUGAAAUCUAAGCGAUAUCCGCUGUGUAAGAAGAGCAAAGCGGACGGGAAUCAAACCGACGACCCUCAGCCGCCAUUCCCUAUAGCAAUCAUGCAGUACAUACCAGAAAAUGGAUUUAGUUUUUAAAUUAAAAUAGGGAUGAUGACAGUUGUUUAAAUUGUAUAUAAAUUAAGAGUAUGCUAAUAGUAAAGCAAUUUUGUAAAAGUAACAGGGUAUCUGCGAUCAUUACAUUCGGAGCUACAGGAAUUUAAAGGGUCCGAUUUGCGGCGCUGCCGCGGAUCCCUGAACAACGCCCCAUACAAAAUGGCACGAACUAAUGACGUCAUAGGUCAUAAUGAUCGUUAGAUUUGUAUGUGCGUACAAACAAAAUUACAAAUAUCUUUGUUAUUUGUGCGUUUAUGUUUAUAGUUCAUUUAUUGAAAAAUGUCACAUUUAAUGUAAGGAAGCUAAAACUGUAUGAAUUUUCAUCUAAUUACGAUAAAAGAUUUUUAAUAGGUUUUGAAAUUUUAUAAUCUUAUUUAUCUUGCAAAUAUCCAGUCAAUCUUUGCUUUUUAUGUAUAAAUUAGUUAACAUUGACCCUAUUUACCCGAAUUUAUUAUAAAAAUCAAUAUAUUCAAACCUAGUCAUCAUCCCCAUUGUCCAUACAAUGUGUUAACGCCAAAAAGUGGCGAAUUGAUAGUGCGGUCGAGACCUAUAUUAGGCAAGUGCUGACUUGACAUUAUAAUCAAUAUAUCAUCUGUGAACAUUACUGUUAUAAAUGGCUUUAUUUAUAUUGUCUAUGACAAGUCUGUAUAUAUAGUGAAAAUUAAAUUAUAAUGGACACUCAGCUGUAAAAAAUCAAAA